GAGCCCGUUAGCACUCAUGAUUUGCUUCGAGGCGAGCUCGGGCCAAGCGUAUCAUCACCACCUCAGAGGAGCCCGCGGAGGGGAUGGGAUUGGAGGGCUGGGAAGGAUGGAGAGUGGGAGACGCCCGGCUGGUGGGUGGUGGGACUGGGAGUGAUUGGAGGGGCAAAUGAUGGGCACCAACUCAUCACGGCUUUAUUGUUUGCCUACCAUGAUAGUUUUAUUCGUUUGUGUCCAUUCAACACACAGAGAGCAUCGUCGUGACUCGUGGUGAUCCCGUUUGGUUGGCCGAUAGAUUGUUCAGAGACACAAACACACUCACUCGCUCACUCCCAUCUUUGAGGAUUGAUCCUCGUUUCUUGUUUUGUGAUACUCGUAAAAUGCAAUCAGAUCCACAGACGAGUUCAGCCGUGAGCUUGGCUGCCGUGUCCUUGGCCGAGCGAAGCCGAAGUCUCAUGCAGUCUCAUCAGAAUCAGCCUUUGCUGGCGUUCCAUCAUCACCACCAAAGGACUCGAGAGGAUCUCUUUGGAGGUGUACAUCACGAUUUCCGGCAAGGAUUGGCCAGAAAUGGCCUCGAGUGUGGCAAUCCAGCGGCCCAAGCAGCGGCCGUGGCCGCCUUAAGGAUCAAGGCCGACCUUCAUCAACAUCUCAGCCAACAGCAUUCCCCGCAACACGGUCUUCAUGGCGGUGGUGAUUUGGAUGGAUCUCCGAUCAAAGGUGGCAUGUCAUCUGCUUUUGCCAGUCUUUCAUCUUCUUCAUCAGACCGAGAUGAUAUUGCUUCACAAUCGGAGUCGGGUGGUCACGGAUCCAUGUCUGAUCGCAGCCCGCCAAGACAACAGCACUCGCCCACAAACUCGAUGACCCACAAUAACAACAAUUCUAAUUCGAACAACAAUAAUAAUAACAACAACAACUUAGACAACAUUCGGCGAUAUCGUACGGCAUUUACCCGCGAGCAAAUUGGGCGACUGGAGAAAGAGUUCAUCAAGGAAAACUACAUUUCCCGUCCCAAACGGUGCGAACUUGCCGCCGAAUUAAAUUUACCCGAGAACACCAUCAAGGUCUGGUUCCAAAAUCGCCGCAUGAAGGACAAACGUCAGAAGAUGACACUAACCUGGCCCUGCGGGGAUCCCGUACUAGCCGCCUAUGUCCUUCAGGCCGCUGCAGCCUCAGGUCAGCUCCCUUACCCGGGCCUCUUUGGCGGUGGGUCUCCCUUCGGACUCUUACCCCGACCCCCAUUUCCUCACCCAUCUCACGCCAACAUGGCUUGUCGACCUCCUUCGCUCAUUCCACCCCCUCCAGCCAUGAACAUCUCGCCGUUAGGCCAAAACGGAUCGCUGUCUUCACCACCCUUGCCAGUAUCCAGUCUCUGUGGGGAUGACAUUCCGACCUCGGCGACCUCGGACGAGGCCCUGAUUGUGGAUGAUGCCAACGAAGGGCUCUUCUCUACGCCUCUCGGCGAGAAAAGGCGCGAAACCUCGAGACAGCGCGAGUAUCUGCUCUCGUCAUCCCCACCGCUUCUGCCUGCACAGCCGAGAGGGCCGGGAGCGCCGGGAGCGUCGGGAGCGCCGCCACUUUCGGCACAAGACCACACGGAUCUGAACAAGCGGCCUGGUUCCCUAUUCCAACCGUAUUUGGAUGUGACUAAGAAAUGAGAAAUUUACGAUGUAUUGUGAGAUUCUUUUCGUCCCCUAAUUCAAUUAUAGCCUGGCGGGUAGUACCAGCAGCACUUAAAGAAGAAACAGAGGAUGAAUAUGACGACGACGAAGAUGAAGACGAAGAAGAAGUCAAUAUGCCAUGAAUGUUAUUAUGUCCAAAAACUGUAAGUAGGAAGGAUGAGUUGCAUCAUCGUCAUACCCGUCUUUGAUCUGGCAUUGUGAAUUCCGAUAGAUCAAUUAGGAACUAGUCUCUUCGUGUGCAGCAAUGGCACAGUACAAAACAGCCCAGAACGAGGCCAUAACGUUGGACCCGAAGUCUGGACCUCGGUUCAAAUUCCAUACCCAUCUUCUGUGACCAAUUUUGUUGUUCAUGAUUUAUUGAAAAUAAAAUCUCCAGAGAGUCA